CUUGUCUAUCUCAUCAAACAUAUAACUGCCAUAUAUUUUAGUUUUAUUUUUUUUUUUAACUAAUUCCCGAUACAAAUAUGUUUGUUAAGGUCCUGUUGUUGGCUUUGGCCGUCUCAGUUCACGGCACCUGGAAUACCGGUUCCCUGUACGGCGGAAACUACGGUACCUAUGGCUCCGGCCUGUACGGUGCCGGUUUGGGCGUCAGCGGUAUUCCAGUUUAUCGAUCAUCGGCCAACUACGGCAGUCUCUACGGUGCCAACGGCUGGGGUUACGGAGCCAAUUUGGGACGUGUCGGCGGUUUGGGUGCCGUAAGAACUACCGGUGCCAUUGUCGGCAGCGGCGCUCUCGGUUACGGUACUGGUGCCUUGUUGGCCGGUCCCGCUACCGUCGGAACCACCUACGGUGCUGGUCUCGGAUACGGUGUCGGUAUUAGCGGCGCCAGCCACGGACUGUCCGGCUUGAACAUUGCUCGCGGUGUUUCCGUACACCAGGCCGGUCCAGUUACCGCUGCCGUCCAGACAAUUUCCCGAACAGUCGACUACCGACCGGUGCCAUACAGCGGCGAACCCGCCACCGUCCAGGAUGUCGAUGUCCCGCCCCAGGAGUCGCCCAUCAGAAUCAACUUCCAAUCCAAAUCGUCGCCGUUGGCCGUCACCCAACAGCACAUCCCUGCCGAACCCGCACAAGUCCAGGUUACCCAAUCAGAGGACGAGCCCCAGACUGCCAUCCAUAACGUUGUCCGACCAGUCAUCCAACAAGUUCACGAAACCAUCCAACCCUACCGAUCACUCACCCAACAGGUCGAGCCAGUCAUUGAACAGACCCACACCAACAUUGCUCAGGGAGAAGGUGUCCGAUUGAGCGGUUUGACCAGCGGUAUUGUCGGCGGAACCGGUGUCUUGGCCGCCUCAGGUGUCGGCAUUGCUCAGCCAGCUUACGCUACCCAUGCAGUAGCUGCCCGUCCAGUCGGUCUCGGUGUUGUCGGCGGUGUGACCAACUGGGGCUACAACGGUGGUCUCGGUCUUAGCGGUGCCAAACUCGGCGGCUACUCAACUGGUCUCGGUUUGACCGGUGCUCGUAUUGGCGGUUACUACGGUGGCGCAACCACUGGUCUCGGCUACGGAAAAACCUACGGAUCGUACGGUGGUUACGGAUUGGGAAGCGGAUUGGCUCUCAACGGCCUGAGCGGACUGUCCGGCGGCUAUGGUUACGGAACCGCUGCCAAAGUUAUCCGAUACUAAAAACGCAACAAACAAAACAUAACGUUCCCCUUUUCUAUUGCUACCUACCAUUCCCUAUCCACCACCACCACUACCACCUACUACAUAGACAUACCAAUUAAUACCAAUUAAUUAAAUGCCGUUCCCCAC